AUGAAUAAAAGUGAAGGUGAUGCACGAACAGCUGCAGAGCUCAUAACUGAUCGCUAUAUAAAAUUAUAUUUAUUUACAUCAUUAGCAGUUCCUUCCAUAUUAAUAUCAAUUUAUAUUUUAUAUAAAAUUGUUACUGAUCGUCAAUUUCGUUGUCACAUAAAUAACCAUUCAAUGAUUGCAAUAAUUAUCAUAUCGUUCUUGGACACAACAACAGAAUUACCAAUAGCACUGCAAUAUCUUCGUGUCGGCUAUGUUCAACCAGCUACGAAAAGCUUUUGUUUAUUUUGGAUUUGGUAUGUUUAUGGUCUGCAAACAACCAAUGUAUCAUUGAUGACGUGGACUUCAAUCGAACGACAUAUUUUUAUAUUUCACUCUCGCUGGGUUCAAACACAACGAGGCAAAAUCAUAUGGCAUUAUGUUCCCUUGAUUCUCUGCGUAAUCUAUAUUCCGAGAUUUUAUUUUGUAUGCAUUAUUUUAUAUCCGUGCAAAAAUGUUUUCGACUACUCAUCAUUUCUUUGCGGUCCUAUCUGUUAUAGUAAUGCUACUUGGCUAUCAAUGUUUGAUUGGACAACAAAUGUAUUGCUACCAUCGCUUUUAAUACCGUUCGCAAGUGUCAGUUUACUUGUUCGUGUUUUAUUUCAAGCAAAGAAAAUGAAACGAACAUUGAAAUGGCGAUCGACAAGAAAACUAACAUUACAGUUGAUCGUUAUUUCAACUCUUUACUUAUUAUUUUGGUUUCCUUUAGCUUUAGUUUCAAUUAUUCGAAUUUGUUUUAUUUCAACGUUCAUCUCUAAAACGUUCUCUUAUUAUUUACAUUAUACGCCCUAUUUUGUUCAGCUUUUAAUGCCACUUGUUUGUCUCGCUUGUUCACCUGAAAUAUGGUCGAAAAAAAGACGUAUUGCAAACAUGCCACUGUCCACACAAAAUCGAACUUAA